AUGUGUGAGAAAGUGACUGAGAGUGAGACGCCGCCUGAUCGCCCUCACCUGCCCGCGCCUCCACCCUCACCUGCCCGCGCCUCCACCCUCACCCGCCUCCACCUCACCAGCGCCUCCACCCCUCACCAGCCUCCACCCCUCACCAGCCUCCACCCUCACCCGCCCACCUCACCCGCCUCCACCUCACCCGCCCACCUCACCGCGCCUCCACCCUCACCCGCUCCUCCACCCUCACCCGCGCCUCCACCCUCACCCGCCUCCACCCUCACCCGCCUCCACCCCUCACCAGCCUCCACCUCACCGCGCCUCCACCUCACCCGCCUCCACCUCACCCGCCUCCUCCACCUCACCCGCCUCCACCCUCACCCGCGCCUCCACCUCACCAGCGCCUCCACCCUCACCCGCCCACCUCACCCGCCCACCUCACCCGCCUCCUCCACCUCACCCCGCCUCCACCUCACCCGCUCCUCCACCCUCACCCGCCCACCUCACCCGCCUCCUCCACCUCACCAGCCUCCACCCCUCACCGCUCCUCCACCCUCACCAGCGCCUCCACCCCUCACCAGCGCCUCCACCUCACCCGGCGCCUCCACCUCACCAGCCUCCACCUCACCCGGCGCCUCCACCUCACCCGCUCCUCCUCCACCCUCACCGCGCCUCCACCCUCACCCGCUCCUCCACCCUCACCCGCGCCUCCACCCUCACCCGCUCCUCCACCCUCACCCGCUCCUCCACCCUCACCCGCGCCUCCACCCUCACCCGCCUCCACCCUCACCCGCUCCUCCACCCUCACCCGCCUCCACCCUCACCCGCUCCUCCACCCUCACCCGCGCCUCCACCCUCACCCGCUCCUCCACCCUCACCCGCUCCUCCACCCUCACCCGCGCCUCCACCCUCACCCGCCCUCGUCUUCGCCCGCCUGGCUAA